GUGGGAUUUACUCCCUGCUAAAUCAAGGUUGCCCAAGGAUUGGAAUCUGACCUCCCUUUGAGGAUUUGGACUUUAAAAAGAAAGAAGGAACGGUCAGAGGAAUUACUGUUUUCUCCUUCAUCAUGUUUGGUUCCUCCAGAGGUGGUGUGAGAGGCGGGCAGGACCAGUUCAACUGGGAGGAUGUGAAGACGGAUAAACAAAGGGAAAACUACCUGGGGAACUCCUUGAUGGCGCCCGUGGGCCGGUGGCAGAAGGGCAAGGAUCUCACGUGGUACGCCAAGGGGAAGAAAGGCGACGCGCCCCUCUCCCGGGAAGAGGAGUUGGCCGCCGUCCGACAGGCAGAGGAGGAGGCCAUGAUGGCAGCCUUGGGUUAUAAGAAUAUGAAGAAGCAGCCAACAGGGCUGAGCAAAGAGGAUCUCGCUGAAGUCUGCAAACGCGACGGAGCAGAACAUGACGAGAAGGGCGUGGAUCGGAUGGUGGGCCUGGGGAGUUCUAGAUGUGCCGGGGGCAGGAUGAUGUUCUCCAAAGAAGACAAAGAAGCUGCCAAACUAGGCCUUUCAGUCUUUACGCACCAUCGAGCGGCGAGCGGCCCCGAGGUUUCGUCUACUCAGAGGAAACCGGACGAGGAAGCUGAAGUGUCCCAGCCAGAGGCCAGCAAGAAAUCCAAAAAGAAGAAGGAGAAGAAGAAAAAGAAAAAGCACAAGAAAGAAAAGAAGAAAGAGAAAGAGAAACACCAUAAAAAGAGGGCCGCCUCUUCUUCCGCCUCCUCUUCUCCGGACGACACAGAAAGAAAAAGGCGACCUGCUUUGCCUCCGGAGAGCCGCCAAUCCUCCUCCCAGGUGGCCGGAGCCAGCCACCGUGGCAGCCGCUCACCACCUGCCCGAGAAGAACAGAAACCAUCCGGCAGGCAGCGCCAUGACCCAUCCUCCUCCAGCCGGCGUUCUCCCAAGCCUGGAAGAAGGGAGUGUCCCAUUGGUAGGGGUAGUCGGUCCCCGUCUCCCAGAGUCAAAGGCUUCGGGGGCCCGAAGCGGAGAAGAAGCCGGUCCCCUGUGGUGCACCGAGCCAAGAGGCGGCAUGACACAGAUUCGGAUGACUGAAUCUUCCUUCGAAACGGAGGAGGCCGGGGCCUUGGUUGGAAAGGAAUGCUAGGCUGUGAUACUGACUGGAUUCAAUUCUUGGUUGAUGCACGUGUCUGUGUUCCUUUUGGAGUCGAGCUUUAAUUUGCCACUGCUGGUAGCAGGGAAUGAGGAAAGGCAGAAAGUGCACCGCUGUCAGUACAUAUGUGAACCGAAAUGCCCUGGUGAGGCAAAGAUGGGAGUCUUGGUGGCCUCUUUAACUGCUUUUACAACAGCCUUCUCCAACUUGGAGCCCUCCAGCUGUGUUGGACUACAUCUCCCAGAAACUCCCAGCCAGCUCUGCGAGUUGUAGUCCAACACAACUGGAGGGCCCCAGGUCUGGGAAGGCUGCUGGUAUUGACCAAGUUGAAUGCUAGCUUGCUCCUAGCAUCUAAAAAAAUGCUAGGAGCAAGCUUUGAGUUCUACUGGGCUCUUUUUCAGGCAAUCCGGGUUUUUGUAAAAGUUAUAUAAAUGUUUGGAUCAGCUCAGUCACAUAACACCUUCAAGUAAUUAAAAAGAAGACACUAUGUGAUCUGUAU